GAGACGGGGCACGCGGCGGCGGCAGUAGCGCUGACUCAGCCCGGGCUCCCAGCCCGUCCGCAGCAGCCGCAGCAGCCACAGGCGCAGGCGGUGGGGCACGCGGCCACCCCUGCCCGCGGCCCCACCCCGCCGCACCCGAGGCCGCGCAGCGUCACAGAGCGCAUGCGUGCCGCGGGGGAUGCCGGGAGCGCGCAGUGGCGGCACCGGCGGCGACAGCAGUCACAGCGGAGACUACAGCGGGGACGCGAGCGGGGCGGUGACCGUGUGGGAAGUGGUCUCACUCUUGGGGAAGCUGCUGGGCACCGUCGCCGCGCUGAAGGUGGUUCUGUACCUGCUCCGGGUGUGCUUAGCGAUGGCCUGGAAAUCCGGCGGCGCCAGCCACUCGGAGCUAAUCCACAAUCUCCGCAAAAAUGGAAUCAUCAAAACAGAUAAAGUAUUUGAAGUAAUGCUGGCCACAGACCGUUCCCACUAUGCAAAAUGUAAUCCUUAUAUGGAUUCUCCACAAUCAAUAGGUUUCCAAGCAACAAUCAGCGCUCCACACAUGCAUGCAUACGCACUAGAACUUCUAUUUGAUCAAUUGCAUGAAGGAGCUAAAGCUCUCGACGUAGGAUCUGGAAGUGGAAUCCUUACUGCAUGUUUUGCACGUAUGGUUGGCUCUAGUGGAAAAGUUAUAGGAAUUGACCAUAUUAAAGAGCUAGUAGAUGACUCAAUAAAUAAUGUCAAAAAGGACGAUCCAGUGCUUUUGUCUUCAGGAAGAGUGCAACUGGUUGUGGGGGAUGGAAGAAUGGGAUAUGCCGAAGAAGCCCCUUAUGAUGCUAUUCACGUAGGAGCUGCAGCCCCAGUUGUGCCCCAGGCACUGAUAGACCAGUUAAAGCCUGGUGGGAGAUUGAUAUUGCCAGUUGGUCCCGCAGGUGGAAACCAGAUGUUGGAGCAGUACGACAAGCUACAGGAUGGCAGUGUCAAGAUGAAACCCCUGAUGGGAGUGAUAUACGUGCCUUUAACAGAUAAAGAGAAGCAGUGGUCCAGGUGGAAGUGAUUUUAUCUUCUGCUCUUUCUUCUUCCACACAUGCAAGGGAUGAACUGUAAAAGCACCAUCAGCUUGACCCGUAUAUAAUAUUGCAGUGGAUUGCUCAUCUCAGUCCUCAAAGCUUUUUGAAAACCAACAGCAUCACAGCUUGUUUUGGACUUUGUUACACUAUUAUUUUCAGCAUGAAAAUGUGUGGUUUUGUAGGGUUUCUAGUUCUUCAAAGAGGCACAGAAGCUGAAUUGAUGAAAGAACGAUGCAAAGUAUAAAUUUGUGUAUUAUUCCUUUAACACACCCACAUUUUACUUUAAAAUAUUAAAAGACGGGGUUCCACAAAAUGGAAGACUUAGUUUGUGAAUUGAUUUCGAGGAGUGGUUUUUCCUAGACACUUAAUUCUGUUUCAAUAUUAAUUUAUCAGAUUGCUCUUGUGCAUCAGAUAACGCCAUUCAUAAGUUAAGAUUCUUGGUUUUUGGAUGUCUGUUAGAUGCCACUAAGAAAAUAGAGAUGAGCUUCCUUUUUAAAGCUUUUGAUGUGGUGUCCUAGAGUAGCAUGUUGUAGGUACAAUCAGCUGCUUUGUUACCUUAAAACUAAGCAUUUGUAAAUAUUAAAACUUCAGAAGAUGGCAGGUGAUGUCCUUCACAACACUUAGCUGUUCAGAUUGGGCAUAACUGAUAUAGUUCUUCCUUUCCCUCUUUAAAAUUAUAGGAGACUUGUAGCUCAGUAUUGUUUUUUCUGUUUCUAAUUUGCUGCUGAUAAUGUAUAUGAAUUUACCGUGCUGUGUAAGCUGGGUCCUAGUCACUGAACAGUUUAUGCAGUGCUGCUUUGCCAAAUAAAGUUAAAAGUAAAAGAGGCA